CUCUCUCCUCAUCCCUCGUAACCCACCGCUUCUCUCUCUCUUCUCAUCUGAUGAAGUGCUUGCAGAGAAAACUUCGACAAAUCCGCCAUAGCUCGCCCCGCUGAACUAUUUUUUGAUUGGAGCAUCAAGAAGCACAACAGGGUUUUACUUGUCUUUCUAAUCGCUCGAGUCUAAGAUUUCACGUACAUGAGAUAUGGUGUGCAUAACAUGUCCAAAAGCGAUAAACAAUGGGUGAAACCAGGCGACCUCGCAAAACAGAAGCAAAAUGGUUACAAGAGGAAGAGAAACAACAAAGUCAAGGAGAAUGAAAACGAACAUGAGAGGAUGAGAAACAACAAAGUCAAAGAGAAUGAAAAGAGGGUGCAAGCCAUGGGGUUCAAGCAUAUACCAGCUUCUUUAAGUGGUUUCGUUCAUUACGUACCUAUGAAGAGGAAUGACAAACUAAUCAGGGCUGAGGCAGAUGGUGACAGCUCACCUGGUAAUGAGGAUGGUAGUGAUUACGACUCUGAUCAGUCUGAUGACUCUUUUCAGCAAGAGGUUGUAAGGAUGCAAGUGGUACCUCAAAUGCGCCCUGGAACAUCACAUCUUCAACAAGCACCUACCAGAAACCAACAUGAUGUGAGCCCCAUCCGUGAGAGGGUGACCCGAUCGACCCCACAUCCAGAUGUGGGUACCCAACCUCCACAACCUCUUGAUGCUGAGCAGGAGAUUCAGGCAGCCCCCUUUGUAGCACCUGUCGGAUCGAUUUAACUUGGAGGGAGAUCCCAUAGAUAUUGAGAAGGCAGUGGCAAGACAAUUUGGGCAUAGACUGAGUGAUUACACCCAUAUGCUUUACAGAAAGUACAAGAAGCUUAAGAGUACUAAGGGGGUAGAGUAUGCCAGAAGCCACCCACCAUCUGGCGUCAGUCACGAACAGUGGAUCGAUCUAAUUGAUAAGAAAUGGAGUGAUACCAAAUUUCAG